CCUGAUUCAGGUUUAAACAUUUUCCUGGCUCCGCUCGCUGCUAGUAACAAGAUCUGUGCGUCCUCUGCCUCUGCGUCCAUUUCUGUAUAACACUCAAGGACACGUAUCCCAAAUCAACCAUUUUGGCGCGCAUCAAAGAAUGAAAAGCACUACCAUUUUACUUAGUUUUCUUAUUUAUUUUUCUGCGGCAUUCGCGUACUCCUCCUCUGGACUAAACGAGAAUGCACUUGAAGAAGAAUUGGAUGUGAAACUCCUGAACGACCCCUAUGAGCUCCACGGGCAGAUCAAAUAUGACUUUCGCAAGUCAUUAGAUCUCGACGAGGAAGGAUGUAUCCUGCACCCGGAGAAGAGAGCGGGUUUGAAGGAGUGUGGCUUCAACUCAACAUCCAAGACCAUCCUUAUCAUUCAUGGAUGGACGAUGAGUGGGAUUUUCGAGAGCUGGAUGCACAAACUUGUGGCGGCGGUGCAACAGCGGGAACCCGAGGCCAACGUUCUCGUCGUGGACUGGUUGAACUUCGCCCAUCAGCUCUACCCUGACGCUGUCAACCACACGCGCCGCGUCGGGCUCAGCAUCGCAGACCUGCUCAACUGGCUCCAGGAGGAGGCUUAUGUACCAUUGGAAAGGAUCCAUCUCAUCGGCUACAGUCUUGGGGCCCACAUCGCAGGCUAUGCGGGCACUUUUGUGAAUGGCACACUCGGAAGAAUAACAGGCUUGGAUCCGGCAGGUCCCAUGUUUGAAGGAGUGGAGUCAGCACGGCGGCUGUCUCCGGAUGAUGCAGACUUUGUAGAUGUGCUGCACACGUACACACGGGAGGCCCUGGGGGUUAGCAUUGGCAUCAAACAGGCCAUUGGAGACAUCGACAUCUAUCCCAACGGAGGAGACGUCCAGCCGGGCUGUUCAGUGGGGGACGUGGUGGCCUACGCUGGAGGAAGCUUCAUGGAUGUGCUGAAGUGCGAGCACGAGAGAGCCGUGCACCUGUUUGUGGACUCGCUGAUGAGCAAGGAGCACACCAGCUUCGCCUACCAGUGCACGGACCCCAGCCGCUUCAAGAAGGGCAUCUGUCUGAGCUGCCGCAAGGGCCGCUGCAACCAGAUGGGCUACAACGCCAAGAAGAUGCGCAAGAGGAGGAACAGCAAGCUGUACCUCAAGACCCGCGCCGACACACCCUUUGGAGGUUUCCACUACCAGAUGAAGAUGCACGUGUUCGACCGCAAGCAUUCCGACGAUGCCGAGCCCAUCUUUAAGAUCAAGCUUCUCGGCGCGCACAACGACUCGCACAACAUGGAUGUGGAGAUACCUGACAAAGUGGGCCUGAACUUCACCAACACGUUCCUGGUGUUUGUGGAGGAGGACAUCGGUGAGCUCCUGAAGAUCCAGCUGAGCUGGGAAGGACCAGCGGACUCGUUUGCCUCCAUGUGGAAAAGCAUCAAGACCUCGUUCUGGGCCUGGAACACCCAGCCGGCCCAACACUCGCUGCAGGUCCGACGGAUCCGCGUCAAAAAUGGGGAAAGCCAGAAAAAAUACACAUUCUGUCUGCAAGACCCGUCGGACAACGAGAUCGCACCUGGAAAGCAUCUGACCUUCACGAAAUGUCGAGAUGGUUGGGAGGUGAAGCCAAGGAAAAGAUUCCAAGUAUGAGAUUGAAAGCACUUCUUCAUCUGGUGGUGUUCAGGCAGGAGGUUGCGUCUGCCUGGUUACUGCUGCUGCUGCUGCUGACCAUGCACCCAGAGCACUUUGAGGGGCGCGUGGAGGAGUAGUGACCCCUCUUAACAGCACACCCUCUUGGCAUCUGUAUGAAUGUCUGUGUGUGGACGUGUAUACAUGUAUACGUGUGUGUGUAUGUGUGUGGGUGAUUUUUGGUUACGUACGUGUGUGUGUACAGUAUGUGUGAUUUUGUAUAAGUGUGUGUGUGUGUAGUAUGUGUAUGUGGUUGUUUUAUACAUGCAUGUGUGUUACUGUGGUUGGUUGGUGGGACUGUCCCUCCCUCCAUGGCCUGAAGCAGAGCCCCAUCUUCCCCCUGCGCUAGCUACUGUAGCUAACUCUAGCUAGCUGUGCUCAGUUCAGCCGGCCAGGAGAGGGGCUUCAUGCCAUGGGGAGGAGCGGGCAGGUGCACUGAGCCAGGCGAGCAGGCUGGGACUGGGGGGUAGGGGUGAUGGCUAGUGGUGUUGGUAGGGUUCACCCCCUCCCACUCUACUGAGAGACUGGUCACGUUGGAGAUGGAUUGGCCCAGUCGUCUCCUCCGGCCCUCUCAUGAAAGUGCACGGUUUUCCCCUCCGAAUGCUGCUCCACCCGUGGUGGUGCGGUGCCAAUCACUGCCAGUCAUUUGGCAUAUCGAUUAAGCCACUACAUGCAGUGGGUGGAGCAAAUGUGGGGGGAAACGAGCAAUUUCACGGGCGGACCCAGAGUUGCCGACUGGGUCAUCUCGGUUGAGUUUGGGUGGGGGGGAGAGAGAGAAAGGUGGCUUGGUGAGGGUGUCGCAGCCACAUGUCAUUCUUUUUCAUACUUGACUGCUCGACCUCCGAUCAGAAUCUUACACAAUCCCUUGUGUACCAAAAUAUACAUGUUAAAAAUAAUAUUUUUGUAAGUGUUUAUUUAUGUCGAAGAAGAAAAGAAAAACAAAUGCACUGAAGUCAGGUUAAUUUAUGAACUUGGCCCACAGCCUUUAUUGUUAUAUAGGGCACACAUUCAUUCUCUUGCUGAAGGAAGUUUUAGACCACAAGCAGUGAAACAGUAUUUUUGGAGAAGGAGAAUGAAAUGUCUCUGAUUGGUCUUUUUAAGAAGUGUCAAUUCCGAUGUGCCUUUAAGAUAUUGUAUGUAUUUGUGUAAAUAAUUUGUACAUAUGUUUAAAUAAUAAUAAUAAAAAUACCUUUCUUGUA